AUGUAUUUCUUCGCUUUCCAGUGCUGGCGCAGGAAUGCAAGGAAGGAACCAAGUUCAUGAUAGAUAUAGAUGCGCCAGAAGGUCUCUUCAGUGGUAGUAAAUGGCAGAGAAGACACGAAUUCCUUCUUGAGCCGUCCCCACGCCGCCUCCAUGGGUAGUGGCUGCAUAUGUGGCGCAGCAAGCUCUACCCAAGGUGGAGGGCUAUUGCGAGGUUCUCCCCUCAGACGGGUAAGAAGGCGGAUGAUUCCUCCGUUGCGUUGAGAAAUAGAACCCGUGCGAUCGUUAUAUCCCGCGCGACAGAUAUACCCAUCAAGCCAAAACAGCCAGCACAGAAUAUCGACGUCUGCUAGAGAGCUGACGAUGGCGGUACGCUGGCAGUUUUCACAGUCAUCUCCGCCC